CGUUAUCUCUCCUUUUUUUUCCUUUCUUUUUCUUGAUUCAUGGCUCUCACGCAUCGGCCUACCUUCACUGGCUAACGCUUGGUGCAACCUCUGACACUUCGCUUAAUCCCCCGAAAUUCCGCAAACCGCACCGUGCUCUUUUAACAGGAGAGCUGCCGCAUGCAGUAAAACGAGGAACCAGCGGGACCUUCAUUGUAACCAGCGGCAAUGCCACGACUGCAGCAAAGAUGGUCUGCACCUCUCGUUCGCUCGUCCAGAUUGCUUGACAAUGUGUGCAACACUGCGUUGUUUGCGGUGUUACUGGCAGCUUUCUACCAAUAUUACUCCUAUGGCCAAUAUGAUCCGUAUGGCUGUCGAGCAUUGCUCAACGAUGGGUCAUGGCCUCCUGCAGACUCCAACAGUCAUUUGUAUCGGGAGUUUGAGAGAUGGGAACCCAGCGGAUGUCGCAUGAGAGAAUUCUCACGGGACGAUUUUCGUGACUGUCUAACCGGCCGCAGGGUGGUCUUCGCCGGGGAUUCGACAGUUCGCCAGGUUUACUGGGCCGCAGCAGCAAGGCUUGAUCAUGUCAAAGCAGGGCUUGCUGUACUUGAUGUCUUUUCCACAGGCGCCAAACAGCAGGACCUGUCGCUCGAGGCCGAAGGCGUGAAACUCGAGUUUAUAUGGGACCCGUGGCUAAAUUCGACCAAACUCGCCACCGAGUUGACGCGGUUCCGUGCCCAGGAGACGCUCAUCGACGUGGGAACAUUGAAGUCCCAAGAUGAGGAGUCUGCCGGUCUCAUAGUGGUCAGCGCACCCGGCCUCUGGGCUGCGCGGCAUGGCGGAGAGGACUACUUUACCCUCUUUCAGCGUGGUAUCGACGACAUCAUACCGCACCUGCGCUCAAAUUUGGAUGGCACUAUGACGGUCCCGACUGCCAAUCUGAAGAAGAACUAUGAGACGGCCCCGAAUCAGAUCUUAUUGGCGCCAGUCCAGGUUCCCUUGUACGACGCGCUAUCUCCUGGCCGAGCUGAAACCAUCACGCCGGAGAAAGUUAACAAGAUGAACAGUUACCUGGCAAGUCUCUCGAGCGAUGAAACCUCGCACAUAAUGUGGUCCUACAACAAAAUGACCCAAAACCACUGGAAAGCAUUUGAGGAAACCGGGAUCCACGUGACAGAUAGCGUGGCUGAACGCAAGAUCGAUAUCGCGUUGAAUGCGCGUUGCAACGCUGCUGCUGUCGGCCACAAGAUUCCCAUGGCCCGCACGUGCUGCAUGGCCUACCCGAGAGAGAGUCGAGUCCAGCCUGCGCUGCUGCUCAUGGGCGUAGUUGUACUUCCAGUCUUACUUUGGUGCAACAGCCAUAUCAAGUCGAUACGACAACUCAUGCCUUCCAACGACGUCCUGCGAGCAACGCGAACCAUACUCUUCGCAAUGGUCUGGUGUUGGUUUAUGGACAGAACGCAGUACUUCGUCAAAGUUGAACGGCAUUACUAUCAAGGCUUUUUCGUAGCCGGCUGUUUAGUGUUUGGCCUCAUUAGUCUCCUUUUUCGCAGAAGUGCAAAUAUGCGGAAUAUCACCACGUCUUCGCCGAUUCGAGCGAGGUCAGUGUCGGAGCCGCUGCGCCAGGAUGACUCUGGAUUUCUGUCCCGGGAGCAGUCGAAUGAGUGGAAAGGGUGGAUGCAAUUUUUGAUCCUCUUCUAUCAUUACAACUACGCAUCACAGACUCUAUGGGCCUAUAAGAUCAUUAGGCUUCUAGUUUCCGCCUACAUUUUCCUAAAUGCCUAUGGUCAUACACGUCAUCUACUUGAGACGGGGGAUUUCUCCUUCCGCCGCUUGGCCGCUGUCAUCUUCAGGUCAAACGCGUUGAGCGCCAUACUACCCUACAUGAUGACAACCGACCACAUGUUUUAUUAUUUUGCAUCGGUCGUCACAUUCUGGUAUCUGUUUGUGUGGCUUACACUUCGGGUGCUCAGCAGGUGGAAUCAAGAUCCACUUCUUCUCCUGGCGAAGGUCUUGAUUUCAGCCGUCUUGACCAGCUGCUUCGUCAUGAUACAUGGCCCCCUUGAGGGCCUCAGCACGCUUUGUCGUGUUAUUUUUCACAUGCCUUGGGACUCGCGCGAAGCACGCGUUAGAUUGUCUUUGGAGCGAUAUAUCGUCUUCUUUGGGAUCAUGACGGCCAGCAUCGUUCAUCGAAUCGCACUCGUGCAGACACGACAGGUACUCCCGAGCUCAUCACUAACAGGAUCUACACGGACCCACGGAUCCAGCCGUCUUGAUCCAGCCCUAGCUAUCAUCGCGUUCCCUGAUGCGCUCACCCGACCCAUAAAGCCCAUUGUGUGCACCUUUUCGGUCCUGUUCAUUAUUUUCUUCACUGUGAUGGCCCAGAUGGCCAUUGGCGACAAGGUUCAGUACAACCUUGCACACCCUUACAUGUCGUGGAUCCCAAUCGUCGCAUUCGCCCUCCUGCGGAACUCCUACAGGUCUCUCCGCAACACAUACCUAGCACUACCCGCGGCGCUAGGCAAGAUCUCGCUCGAAACGUACAUAUUGCAGUACCACAUGUGGCUCGGAGGUGACGCCACAGCAAUACUGCGAAUUGGCCUUUUCGACCGAUACGGCAGUCCACUGCGGGGUUUGGGGCUUGCUGGCCUUGGACGGAUGCUCGAGACGUUGCUGAUUGCAGCGGUGUUCCUAUGCGUCAGCGCCCAAACGCACCGCGCGACGGAGACGCUGACACAUUGGCUUUUUGGAACGGGAAUCGUUCAAGGCCACGAGCGCACAACUUCCGUCACGAUGGGCUCGCCUUUGGCCCAGACCAAGGAACGGACCAGCGAAGAUGGUUAUGAGCGGCCACUAAUCAACCCAGGUAGCGUGGACGAUGCUAACGGCGUUCUCUGGGUUGGAGGCCGAGAGGAACCGGGUAUACUGCAAAGACCGAAACCUGUUGUGGCGCGAGAUCCGAGGCUGCAGAUCGUUGGGCUGGCGUUUGUGCUAUGGAUUGGGAAUCUGGUUUAUGGAGGAUGAAAGGGUUCAAAGGUUUUAUGAUGUUGACGACCGUUGGUCUCUUGAUGGUCUGGAUGAAGGCCGGAGACAGAGUCGGCGCACCAGCGAGAGAAUAGAUAUAUGUGAUU